AACCCUGAUCGCGGGUGCGACGCGAGCGAUGCUUCAUCAUCUUCACUUCUAAAGCUCACCAUCACGCGAGCCCUGGAUUAUUUCAGAGGAUCACAAACGGGAUUUUCUUCUGGGCAACAGCUGGGAUUAUUGAUCAACCCCACAGAUCCUAGGCUAUAACAUCUGCUUUGAACUGUUUUCACUUAUUUUCUUUUGAAACUAUCCAAUAUGUGUCUACUUGGUCGUCAGAAGUUGGAUUCGAACCGCUGCUGAACUCGUAAGGAACUUUGGACCUGCCUAACAGGAAAAAAAAAAAAGUUUUAUUCUAUAAUGUGUUUUGCAGAAAUUAAACAGCGUCUUCCGAUUGCAUUCAAAUGCACUAGCUUUUUCAGGCGAGUGAAUAAGCAGCCGUGUCCAUCCGCAGCUGAGCAACCGAAACUCGUUCGCGCGACGCGACUCUCUGGUGUGCGCGCGUAGCUCCUCCUCGGAUUCACCGCCGUUCAUUCCCUCUUUUUCGAUUUGUUUAAUCUCCGGAGAAGAGGUGGAUUUUUAAAAUAAAGUAACUGCAAGGUAACUGCUCCAAUUAGUUGGUUGAAAUGCUAUUUUUAUUGCCAUUUAAUGUGCAUGGUCCAUCGUCUGCAUUUUCUAAAUCAUUCCCGAAGCUGUAGAGCGAACUUUUCGAAUACGGAUAUUUUGGCACCCAUGACCGAGACAAUGGCGUUAAGUGGAAACUCUAGAGCUAAAGACAACAGUUUUCCAGACGUUAUUGAACUAAACGUCGGGGGCCAAGUGUAUUAUACCCGUCACGCCACGUUAAUCAGCAACCCCGGCUCCCUUUUAGGGAAAAUAUUCUCUACUAAAAAUAACGCAUCAAAUGAUCUUGCGAGGGACCCCAAAGGUCGUUACUUCAUCGACCGGGAUGGGUUUUUGUUCAGAUAUGUGUUAGACUACCUCAGAGACAAGCAAGUUGUCCUCCCUGACCACUUCCCUGAGAAGGGAAGGCUGAGGAAAGAAGCGGAGUACUUUCAGUUGCCAGACUUGGUUAAACUCUUAACCCCGGACGACUUGAAGCCCAGUCCCGACGAAUACAUCCACAGUGAUUACGAGGACGGCUCUCAGGGAAGCGACCAGCGGAUGUGCCCUCCACCGUCGCUCGUUCCCGCAGACAGAAAAAGCGGGUUCAUCACAGUCGGAUAUCGCGGGUCUUGUACGAUGGGCAGGGAGAGUCAAACCGAUGCCAGAUUCCGGAGGGUGCCGCGGAUUUUGAUUUGUGGGAGGAUUGCGCUGGCCAAAGAAGUUUUUGGCGAGACCUUGAACGAGAGCAGGGACCCAGACAGGACCCCCGACAGGUACACGUCCCGCUUUUACCUCAAGUUCAAGCACCUGGAGCGCUCUUUCGACAUGCUCUCGGAGUGCGGCUUCCAGAUGGUCGCGUGUAACUCGUCAGUGACGGCCUCGUUCGUCAACCAGCAUACUGACGACAAGAUAUGGUCAAGUUACACUGAGUACGUCUUUUACCGUGGCUCAUCUCACUGGUCCUCUCCACCUUGUGACUGCUGCUGCAAAGGUCACAAAGGUGAAGGUGAGAGUGGAACCUCUUUCAAUGAACUCUCCACCUCCAGCUCAGAGAGCCAUUCCGAGGCCAGCUCCCCGCAAGGUACCGUCAUCCGUGGCCCAGUCAGCCGACAGACACACGUGCAAACGUUGGACAGGCCUCCCAAGAAGGGCCCCGUUCAGCAUGUCCUGCAGCAGCAGCAGUCCGAGCAGCGUCGCAAGAGUGACCUUCUCCGGACCCUCACCGCAAGUUCCCGGGACACCAGCACCUGCAAGAAGCGGCCAGCGAAAGAAAAGUUGACUGUGGAAGAGGAACUAGAGAAGUGCAUCCAGGACUUCCGCAAGAUCAAGAUUCCCGAGCAGUUUCCAGAGCGCAAGUACAUGUGGCAAGCCGACCUCCUGCGCAAAUACCGUCUUUGAGGGCCACUGUGGCCUUCAAAACUAAAAGUGCAAGAUUCAAUAACGUAUGUGUCCACUACUAAUACUACAACUACUAUUGCUAGUACACACCACACUACUACUGCCUCUGACUUUGUUGUCAAUGUCAGUCGAUAACCCGAGUGACCACUUCAUCUGCUCGAAUGCUAAUUGUUUACUUGUAAACACAUUUUUGUAGAGUUCCAGAGAGACGCAAGUGUUUUCGAAAGAUGCACAACUACUUGUCUCCUUGGCUUCAGUCUCCCUUGCUGAGCUACACUUUUUGUGUAAUUGUGUGUUUGUUAGAACUGAAUUUUUGACCUCGGUAUGUUAGUGCCACAGCGACUUGAGUUGAGGUGGCCCAGAGGUUGAAAGAUGAAUGUGUAUCCACCUCAUCAAUAAUGCAUGUGGUCCCAACUGUGCCCUUUCUAAGAAUAGCCACUGCCUUGGCAGAUGUGAGAGUGGGUUUCCAUUUCAACACUCUGAGAAGCACAGAAGACCAUGGAGCCAAACGUGUUUUCCCUUUUUUGGAUUCGCCAUGUUCCAUUUUCAUACCUCAGCUAAGCUACAAUCAAAGACCCCUCCGCAUGUAGUCAUAUCAUAAAAGGGUUAUGGGUGGAAACCCAAUAGCAUCACAUAAAGGCUUUGAAACUGCUUCCUGAAACAUAUUGAUUUAAACAAAAUAUUCUAAAUGGGAGUGGAUAUGGCUUACUCUUGAGGUCAAAAGUUAAAUAUGGAAAGUUUGGAAAAAUCAUGACAAUAACAGGAAAGGUUUAGGGUUAUAGCCCUGGAAGCAAUCAGACAUUGAUCAACGCGAACAUAGUUUAGGGUUGUGCAAUCUUUUUGCAGAACACAUUUCACUGUUGUAUUUAUUCCAUCACUAAUAAUAUUGAGCGAAUCUGAGAAAUGGAAGGCUUCUGGUUAUAUGUUCUGUAAGGACUAUUAAAUUUAAUGAGACCUAUACAUAGCUGAUGAUAAUUCAGUAGAAACAUAUUAGUGUACGCUAUGUUUAAUAAUGAAUAUCAUCCUUAAUAAAAAUAAAUAAAGAAAUUUAACACACCAAUAAAGCUUAGAUACAUUUUGUGUUAACUUUUAUCAUUUUGCAAUGAUUUGCAAGGAUUUUGGAAACCAAUAUAAGCAUCAUAAGUUGCUGCUACUGAAUUUAUUUUAAAACUAUGCCAGGUCUCGGUGUAAGGAGCAUGGAGUAAUAGCUUACAACAAUAUUUAAAUAAUAAUAACAAUAAUGCCACAUAUUUGUUUUCAAACUAUUAAAUUACAAUUGAUAAUUAUGGAAGUUGGAAUGAUCUGCCUCCUAAUCAUUCAUUUUCUGCUAUUUCUUUUUUCACUGUUGUCCUAUAUUUUAUAAAUUAACUGUUCAUGAUUAACAGCCUUAAAUAGAGUCUAUCUUUAAAAAUGUUACACAAUUAAUUACAAAAAUGUGACUAGAUGAGGAAGAGAGGUACAUAUGUUUAUCUUGACAGAUAUAAUGUAUAAGAUGCAAAACUUUUGGUUUGUAUUGCUGUUUACUGAGACAUAUACUGUUAUCUAAAUAAAUAUAUAUUAAGAUAUAUUUAUUUCAUUAAAAUUAUUUAAAACAUUAAGAUUAAUUUCAGGUUUCUGAGAAUAACCCAGAUGUUUUACCAUAAAUAGAAGAUGCUGUCUGUCAUUUCACUACACUCUGUGAAGUGUGAAAGACUCCAGAUGCUCGCUUGUAAUGACGUAAAUUCUGAAUGUUAGGACAAAACCAAAGGACAGGAACAGUUUGAGCGGUAAAUGACGGAUAUGGUCUUGCAAUCUGUCUUUUCUCACAGUAGCCCUUUGAAUUGGAAUAUAAAUUAAGAUUAAUUGAGUGCUAAUCAAAAUGUAGCCUCCAGCCUCUCAUUCCCCUAUCAUGAAGCCCACUUACCAGAAAUAUAAAAAUGAAAGGGCUGAGAGAAUAUAAUCUAAAAUAGAACAGAUUAUUUGUUAUCUCUGUGUCAAAGGAUACAGUGAAGUUAUUAUUUUAUUGGACAGGUUUCAUACUUUUUUUUUAAACACUGUCCAUAUUGUAAAAUAUUAUUGCAAAUCACUUGUAAAUAACAUGAUAUUAAAAUGUCUUUAUAUGAAUUGCACUUGUAAUCUGUAAGAGAUUACUCUUAGAUCACUCAAAACAACUAAAUUAUAAUAAAAGUGUUUGGAAUCUUUAU